AUGACAGGGCAUAGAAAGACAGCUUGUUGUUGGACAUGCAAAAUCAGGCACGUCAAAUGCGACGCUACACCCUCAGAAUGUCUCCAAUGUACCAGUAGGCAGGUCCAUUGUCAUGGCUAUGGUCCAAUGCCAUCGUGGAUGGAUGGAGGUCAAAAUGAAAAGGAGGAGAAGCAGCGCAUUAAGCUUGCUAUAAAGAAGAACUUUAGAGAGAGAAAGAGCCGUCAGGCACGUCAACGCAGGGGCCAUAAUCGAGCCAUACGUCUAAAACAAAACUUAUCAAAACCUGCUCAAGAGGGAGCACAGCUCAACAAGAUCUCUCAAGGAGAUUCGGGAUCAGCAGCCGCAUCACCUUCAGCAUUGGCUCCUCAAUCCUUGCAAAGCCAAGUCCUCUCAGGACAAUCAUUCGCUAAACCCCUUGGAUAUGACGAAGCCGAUCUUCUGAUGCACUACCUGGAUCAUGUCUUCCCCUACCAGUACCCAUUUUUUGACAAAGGACAAUGGUCUCGAGGGUGGCUACUCUGGCUUAUAAGCAAAAAUGGACCGCUCUGUCGAGCAGCACUGGGCCUUGCGGCGUUGCAUAAGCGAUCGUUGUUGGGUGAGACAAAUAACCAUCACAUUGAACUCGAGUUUCACACCAAAGCGGUCAGGCAGCUCCAGGACUUUCUUUUGUCCAUUGACAUUAAUGAACUUCGGCCCGACAAUGAGAUUCUAGUGGAGAUAAUUGCUUGCGGUAUAUCACUUGUUAGUUUUGAGGUCCUACGAGGAAGUGCGGCAGACUGGCAACCUCAUUUAUCUGCCAUGGCCUCCAUCGCAGUAAAGAUACAUGAUCAGCCUCGGCUUCUUCAAUCGUCAGACAAGCGUCUCAUUGAAAGCAGAACUACUGCUGCUAUGGCCUUUCAAAUUCCCGUCCUACUUUGGAUAGACUUACUGGCCUGUGUAGCGACUCGUGAAGCCCCCAAACUUCCGUACACUGAGUGGCUGGGACCAAGUUGCAACUUUGAACUUGCACAUAUAAUGGGUUGCCACAACUCAGUCAUGAAGUCGAUAGGAGACUUGGCCGCUUUAAGUCAGUGGAAAGCCAAUUCUACCCUAACAGAUAGUCUCGAUAUCAAGGAAUUUGACAAGGCAAGACAAAACAUCGAAGAUGAUCUGGAGAACAUCAUGGAUUCAAUACCCAUGGCCUUGAUAGAAGUUCGAGGACUAUCGCCCAGGUUUGUGGCGACCCAAUCGUCUAACCAAGCGAAAUCAGAGCAGCCAUCUGGUCAAGAUUGCGUCACUCGGAUAUUCGCAGCCUCAGCAUUAGCCCAGCUCGAAGCUAUGAGUGUUGAAGUCUCAAAGGAUGCAACAUCAACUCGAAUAAGAAGAGCAGAAAUUGCGGGACUGUUUGUGACAUCUUGA